AACACCAGCAUCAUGCGCCACGACCAUGGGUGGAAGUCGACCGAGGUCAAGGCCAUCCGCGCCGCCCUCCUCGCGUGGUACGACAAGCGUCGCCGGUGCCUGCCAUGGCGUGGCGACAGUCCGCCGUUCCUGAGCGUCCUCGAGGACCGGGCGCCGGGCUACGUGGCGUCGGUGCCAGUGUCGCCGUAUGGCACGUGGGUCUCGGAGAUCAUGUGCCAGCAGACGCGCGUUGAGACGGUCGUCGACUACUAUGUGCGCUGGAUGGACAAGUUCCCGACGGUGCAUGCGCUCGCCGCCGCCGAGCCCGACCAAGUCAACGCGGCGUGGGCCGGCCUCGGCUACUACCGCCGCGCGCGCAUGCUCCACGACGGCGCCAAGUUUGUCGUCGAGACGUACAACGGCGAGAUGCCCAACGACAUUGAGCGCCUCAAAGCGAUUCCGGGCAUCGGCCCGUACACGGCCGGCGCGAUUGCGUCGGUGGCGUUCAACGUGCCCGCGCCGCUCGUCGACGGCAACGUCAUCCGCGUCGUCGCGCGACUGCGUGCGAUUGGCGCAGACCCCAAGCACAAGCCGCUCCUCGACCAUUGCUGGGAGUCGGGGCAAACGCUACUGGACGCCGACCGCCCAGGCGACUUUAACCAAGCGCUCAUGGAGCUCGGCGCGCGGCUCUGCUCGAUCCAGAACCCGUCGUGCGAGAGCUGCCCCGUGCAAGCCCAAUGUCACGCCUACGCCGAGUCUCAAGUACCCAAGAAGACGGCCAAAGCCACGGAUAUCGAGUGCAGUAUGUGUGACAUGACCCGCCUCGACGAGUGGGGGCUCCCAGGCGGCGAGGUCACGCAGUACCCCCUCAAGACGCGCAAGAAGGCGCCUCGCAACGAAGCACUCAACAUUCUCGUGCUCACGACCGAGUUUGCCGACGGCGAGAUCGCGUACCUCAUGACCAAACGACCCGAGGGCGGUCUUUUGGCGGGGCAGUGGGAGUUUCCCGCUGUCAAAAUGGCCGACGACGACGUCAUCCCCGCGUACAAGGCUCGGCAAAACGUGUCCAACGACCAGCUCUGUGAGCUCUUUGGGCUUACGACCAUGAAGGCGAUCGUACCGUACUUGGAGUCGCGCGCCGACAAGGGCGAUCUCGUGCAUAUCUUCUCGCACGUCAAGCAUCACAUGGGCGUCGAGCACGUUCAGUUGACGCCCAAUGAGGCGCUUGCGACGUUGUUUCCGCCGGCGUAUGCGUGGAUGACGCCAGCCAAGUUGGCCGAGGCCGGCGUGACGACGGGUAUGAAAAAGGUCAUGCAGCUUCUCAAUCCGACCAAGGCGGCCAAGAAAACCAAGGCGCCGCGCCAACCAACGUCGCGCAAGGUCAAGUGCAAAGUCGAGUCCGGCCCCAUCACGUCCUUUUUCAAGCCUGAACCCAAGUCAUAAAGAUGCUACCAAUAUCAUACGUGAACAUGAAGUGAGGUAGAUACUUGGAGUCA